AAAGAAAUGAAAAGCUGUGGAAAGGGUUAAUAGGUCCAUUGAGAACACUGACAUCAGCACACAGCUUAAAUGCUGGGAAAUUAAGCUGUACAAACAUGCUCAUGGAUGUCGAAAUCUUCAGUGUCUCCUCCCCUGCAGGAAGGAAAGUAUAUCCAGCAGUAAGGCCGGACAUGUCGGCUGUGUACAGGAUGAGAGGGGGUAACUGAGAAUCCCCAGGACUGACUGCUCUCCAUACAGGGUACACAUCACCCACUUAUAGAGCUUAAAUAGAGAGAGAAGCUCCCCUAGGAUGGAAGGGAUAUUGCUGCAUAGGUGAACAAAGGAUCUUACUUCUUGGAGUCAUAAGUGCUGUCAUGUCAUGGACUUUAUUAGGUAUUAAACUGUGCCUCUCAGUGCUGUGAUGCUGCAGAUGAAGAGCUAUUAAAGUCUCUUUCCUGGGUCCAUAAAAUGUUGGGUCCCUUGCUUGUUUACGCACUUCAUAUUGUCAUAUGUCUGUCUUUAGGUAAAGCAGAGCUCUGUAUUGAUGAAGGAAUGGAGUUUGAAUUUGAAUAUGCACGUGUCGGCCAGCCUCUGUAUGCUGUCUGCCCGCUUUACUUCUUAUUUGAGAAAAAUGAUUUCAAUGUAACCUGGAUAAGAAAUGACUCACAAACAGAAAUGGCCACAGAUAGGCAAGCAAGAGUUUAUCAAGAUCACAAGUACCUAAAGUUUAUCCCUGCAGAUCUACAAGAUAGUGGACUCUAUCAAUGUAUUCUCAGAAACACAACUUACUGCAUUAAGAAGAUUAGGAGAGUUGAAGUGUUUGAUUAUGAUGAUGGUCUGUGCUAUAAUCAUUCAGUGAUGUAUCUGAAUGAAAUACCGAUGGCGCCAUCACUUAACAUUGAAUGUCCAGACAUAGACAUCUAUGUCAAUUACAGGAACACAAAAGUCAAAUGGUUUAAGGAAUGCCAACCACUGAACCGGGAUAGUCAGCGCUACCAAAUGCCUGGAAAAACCUUGAUUAUAAGCAACUUAUCCACACAAGACAGUGGGAAUUAUACUUGUGAAGUGUUAUUUACAUACAAUGGUGUCAGUUAUAACAUCUCCCGUACAAUUCAGUACAAUAUAUUAGAUCAACAAGAAAUAGCCGAAGCUGUUAUGAAAUUCCCAAGCAAUAAUGUAUUAGAUGUGGAAUUAGGAUCUCCUAUUACACUUUCCUGUAAAGUGUUAUAUAACGAAUCUAUUAUCUUGUAUUGGACUUACAAUGACACUACUAUGGCAUUCUAUACUGAAGAUGACAGAGUUACAAUGGGAUAUGUGGAGCAAACAGUUACAGAAGAUGGGAUAGAGAACUUCAUAACCUUAAACUUUACAAAAGUUACUGAAGAGGACUUAAACAGAAAAUUUUAUUGUCACAUAUGGUCUUUAAAGAAUAACCAAGACACGAAGUUUUAUGUUACACUCAAAAGGCCAGAUCCUAAUUUCCAAGGAUUCUUAAUUGCAUUUUUUGUGUCAGUGUUCUUGGUUAUGGUUAUAUCUAUUAUUACUAUAAGGAUUUUUAAAGUUGACAUUGUCCUUUGGUAUCGAAGUUCCUGUUUCGCUAAAAAAGGUCAACCAGUUGCAGAUGGAAAAAAGUAUGACGCUUACAUAAUGUACCCUAAAAAAUCUAUGGAAACAAGCUCUUAUGAAACGGACAUAUUUGUACUAAAAGUGCUGCCGGAAGUUCUUGAAAAACAGUGUUUUUACCGAUUGUUUAUUAUUGGAAGAGAUGAUUUACCAGGCCAAGCUAUGGCAGAUCUUGUGGAUGAGACCAUUUCACAAAGCAGAAGAGUAAUCAUUGUCUUAGGAAACAUAUUCAAUGAAAAGAAUGGUGAUGACUUUGAACAGCAAAAAGCCAUGUACGAUGCCCUCAUUCGGAAUAAAACUAAAGUCAUUUUGAUUGAGUUAGAAAAGAUAACUGACUACGCAAACAUGUCUGAAUCAAUCAAAUACAUCAAACAGAAGCAAGGUGUUGUGCGGUGGAAAGGAAAAUUCACAGAAGCAGCUCUUUCACCUAACACAAGGUUCUGGAAAAAUAUCCGAUAUCAGAUGCCUCCAGCCCAGCGUCAUAAUGACAAGGAAUUACACUACAUACAUUCAGAAGAUUAAAAAUGAACUAUUAAUGACUUGGAUACUGUACACACCUAUUCUUCUAUCAAAUCUUAUAUGCAUUGAUAACACUAGGCCCUUGGUUAGAGCUACUUAAAUGGGCAAAACUCACCAGCACACUGCUAUUCCUAAUAACAAUGAUAUGACCAACUUGAACAUUCUAUUGAUAUCUUUGUUCACUGAUGCUACCAUAUCAGAUAUUACCUCAGAUUGUUACUGACACUUUCAUGAAAUAUAAUGUGCAUCCUGCUGAACUCUCAGGUCUGUUUAGUUACUGACAGUUAACAGUCCUUGUUAUCAGGUAUUUACUGUACAGUUAUAUUUGUAGUCCUUACUUCACACAUCAUAUACACCUGAUUUGUUGGGAUAUACAUGUAAAACUUUACUCAGUUGUUUAAUAUGUUUAGUUGGUUAACAUAAUUGGAACAUUAAAUAUUACUCCUACCUCAUUCAAACCUUUAAUGGAGUUUUUCCAUCUCAUAAAGCUACACCAUUUUACUACCCAUAUGCCAUCUUAUUAUUACCCUUGUUACA